AUUACAGUUUCAUUCAUUCUGUAGUUUGUUCAGCAUUACUAGCGAUUACUGCGUUUCAUUUCAAAAUGCGUAGACGAACCGAAGCUCAGGCAUCAAACAAUGAACCUGUCAAUGCUGACAGAAAGGAUUCAGAUCAAAAACUGCACCGCCAAGCUGAAUCUGAAGGCAGAGCGUCUUAUGGCUCUGUGCUGAUGACCACUGGAAAGUGUUUACUUUUGAUCAUAUUCAUCCCUCCUUUCCUCAACUAUGCAUCACUGCAGAGAGAAGGACAGAUGCUCUUGCCUAAAGAUGGCCAGAUUGUUGAUGUUGGUUUGGGUCAAAAGAUGCAUCUUUUAUGUAAAGGAAAAGGACAACCAGCUGUAAUACUGGAUGCACCAGCUGGAAUGUCCUCAGACAUUUGGUUUCAUGUCCAAGAAAGUGUGGCCACACUAACAAAGGUGUGUACCUAUGACAGAAUGGGACUGGGCUUCAGCAAGCGGAUGAUGCAGAAUGAAACCACAGGAACUGAGAAAGUUUGGGGGAUGUCAACAACUGGACGGAUGGUGGAUGAUCUACACCGACUCCUGCAGGCUGCUGGGAUAGCCAAGCCCUUCAUCCUGGUGGGCUCUGAGCUUGGCACGCUCAACGGCAGGUUUUACAGCCACAUUCAUGAUGUGCAAGUGUCAGACCUGGUGCUGAUUGAUCCUAUCCCAGAGGACAUUUUUGAGGACGAACAGUGGAGAGAGUAUUGGUAUGGUAAGCUGUUGCCCUCACUCCAAGCCAGGCAGUUUUCUGCAGCUACAGGGCUGAGCCGCAUGCUGAUUAUUCUGGGGGCGAUGGAACCGACUAUUAAAGGCGAAAAUGUCUCAGAGGAGGUCAUCCAGCGCCAGAAAUACCUCCUCAGUAACCCUGCCCACCAGAGCAGUGCUGUGGAUGAGCAUUACUUUCUGAAUGAAAGUGUCGCUCAAGUGAGGGACAUCACAAAGUUUAAGCCCCUCUCCAGCAGGACGUUAGUGAGUAUGAUCACCGGGGAUUCCUUUGACCAGGAAAUACCAGAACAUCUAAAUCAGAUGGUAGCUAAGCUUCAAAAGAAGUUUCUGGAGGAGUCCUACCCAUCAGCCAAUCAUAUUCACAUAAAAGGAGCAGACCGGCGAAUGAUCUACAACAAGCCAUCUGCCAUCAGCCAGCACCUGAGGAGGCUAGUCAACCGACGACAAGCCAAACAGCAGAGCGAGUGACCCAUGGCCAACAUGUAACAAUACCCCAGACACGAAAAGAGUAAUCAUUGAAUAUGUUUUAAAUAUUCAAUAAAAUAUUCAAGCUA